AUGGGAAGAGUGCGCAAAAGAUCCGUGCUGUGGGUGGUGAUUUCCUUGUGGCUGCAACACGUCGGAUGCCCCAUUAGCUUCAGCACACCCAAUCGUGCCAAGAAUUGGCUUCCCCAGCGUGCUCUUCCACCUGGCUGGGUUGCACAGGCAGCAGAAGCAUUUCGGGACCCGUCGGUCCGAGCAGUGUCGGCUGCUCUGAUACAGGCUCAGACAGUUGCGAACUUUGUCACCAGUUUCGACAGCGCGGGGAAAGUAUGGUCUGAAUGGAUAAAACUAGGCGUUUAUGAUGGCACUGGUGACGUCACCAAUCAUGUGUCACAACUCAUACAGUCAAUGAAGCAGAAGCUGGAAGCGCAGAACAACACAAUCAUAUCAAGCACCCAGAGCAGCAACAUGCCCGAAGAGCCGGUCAGGAAGACCUACAUCGAGCAGUUGAUGGUCGCGACGUUGCUAAACAGCACACCAGGCAUGUCAGCGGUUUAUGCUGAAUCUGGCACGGGCAAGUCAGUUGCAGCGACACUGGCAAUCACUGCCGUGGCAAGGGGUCGGGUAAAUGAUGCCUUCGUCCUGUUGCAGGGCAAUCUGAACCAGAGGCUGCGAGCCUUCCUUCGCAUCGCUGACGAAAGCCUCACGGAUGACAUUGCGGACCCGUUCUUUAGGGCCUUGCGACGCGAGGACAUCGAGUUGCACGUGUUAUUCGACAAUGUCCUAGACAGCGGCGUUCCCAACGACGCGGUUCAAGACAAUUUGAAGUCACUUGCGCGCGCGGCCUGCGAGCACCAACACCAGAUAAUCUUCACCAUGCAAACUCGAGAGGCCGCAGAGUCAGUCAGAGACAUGAACGGCGCCACUACUCGCAUCGCGCCGCAACAAGAUGAAGCAUUCGGGGCAUACCGAUGGAACAAGAACGAGGUGCAAAAGCUGAUUGCAGGUUUGCAAACGGCUAAACAGCCAGACUUGAUCCUCGCGGAGUCUGAAAUUCCUGAUGACCUGGGACGGUGGCGACCGAGGGAUACCAAGCUCUUCGCAUCAAGUGGUCUGAAACCUGCACCACAAAGUCAACGGCGUCAAUUGCAAGCAGGCUUUGGCACGACCUCAAAGUUAUCCGUCGUCUGGGUGCGGGAGCUGAUCCGCAAGGAUCGGACGGUCACGGAAAAGCUGAGGCCCAAGGAGGAGGACCCUGAGGGCGAGGAUGAGCUCGAGCCGGCGUUCAAGGUGGAGUCCCCUCAGGACUACCACCGCCUCAAUGAUGUGGACGACUUGAAGAAAGCCAUCAAGCAGACGAAUCCCGAUCUCCGGGACAUUGCUGCAAGGAAUAUCGACAUCUACUCACAAGAAGCUGGAGCGUGGCGCGUCCAAAAUGCAUCAACAGUCCUGCGCCAGAACACCAGCGAGCAAGAUUGCUACGGCUUUUUGCCGCGACGCAUGACUUGA